UCUCAGGUAGGGAGGGCAGGUUGUGGGGGGGCGUGUGUUCCUCUUGCACAAGCGCUCCCAUGUUGCGUAGUCUGGAAACCUGACGUGGAGAGCAGCCGCGCUGAGUGACAGAGUUGCGGCAGGGCAGAUCAGAAAGUGCCUGUGGCCGCGCUCCCCCUGCUCCCUACUCCUCUCCGGACUGACAAGACUGGCGACACGCUCCGACACCGGUCGGCUGGCCGCGGGUGACCCGAGGUUCCCACUUUGACGAACACACUCGGGCUCCGCUGGCAAGGAAAGGUGGAACUAAACUACAUUCAUUGACUUGAGAGCGAUGCACUGGCAGCAUGGCCAAGUGGUUCAAGGAGCACCUAGGAUUCAAAACUACCAAAGCACCUCCUCCGGCGCCUCCGAAACCGGACUACAGACACUGUCACACCGGUGUGCCCGGUGCGCCUGGCUACCAACAAACAAGCUCCGGGGCCACCUUCCCGAGCCCCGCUCAACCGGACAUCCUCGCUGCUUACAAACUACAAAAGGAGCUGGACUUCGAGGACCCGUACACUCCAGGUGGAAAUAUUUCAUUUGGCACGAGCUUGAACACUGUGGGGUCUCCGGAUAUCAAGUAUGUGUCCCCAAAACACCGACUUAUCAAGGUGGAAACAACCGAAAAGAGCAGCCCGGCUCCGGGCGGCGGUGUCACCGUCACCCAAGCUGUUGCUGUGGGGAGUGUUAAAUCUCCCACUUCACCUCCUUCGGACCACGACAACAAGGAGAAGCUCAUUAUCCUUGAAGACUACGCGGACCCUUUCGAUGCUGAGCAAGCUGGUGGCACUCAGACCAGCACGGAAAAAGUGACGACUGAGAACGAUGGCUACAUGGAGCCAUAUGAGGCCCAGAAGAUGAUGGCAGAAAUACGAUCUGGUGGUCGAGGACCUAAGGACGGACCUGGGAGGCAGCUGCCCCUGUACGACACGCCGUAUGAGCCGGCCGAGAACGGCGGGGACUCAGACCCUGAGCGCUCGCGAUGCCCCAGAGAAAGCCGGCUGCCUCAGGAUGACGAGCGACCCCCUGAAGAGUAUGACCAGCCCUGGGAGUGGAAGAAAGAGCGGAUUUCCAAAGCCUUUGCAGCUCUGCUUUGUUAUGACUGCAUUAGCUACGAGGGUUCUGUAAGUGGCACUGGAUCAGGUCCCCACGGAGGAAAGGACUGCACCUCUAAAUCCCUCACAGUAGAGAUUAAAGUGAUCAAGGACCUACCGUGGCCCCCUCCUGUCGGGCAGCUCAACACCAGUCCUCCCCUGGUGGAGGAGCUGGAGUCUCCCUCCCAGACAGCUCAGCCCUCGCCAGGACAGACGAGCUGUGACCAGCACCACCAUGUCCAGUUUGAUGGUGUGGAGAAGUCCCGGAUGUCACCUACCAAGGAGGGGAAAGCCCGCCCGCUGCAGCGACACUCCAGUGGCUGUCUGGUCAACACCAAAAUGUCAUCACUGGACCACUGCAGCUCCUCUCUCGGGGAGCGUAUUGACCCCACAAUGCCCCUGGAAAGCCAGUUCUGGUACCACGGAGCCAUCAGCCGAACAGAUGCAGAAUCUCUGCUCAGGCUGUGUAAGGAGGCCAGCUACCUGGUGAGAAACAGCGAGACCAGCAAGAAUGACUACUCCCUCUCCCUUAAGAGCAGCCAGGGCUUCAUGCACAUGAAGCUGUCGCGGACGAAGGAGAACAAGUACAUCCUGGGCCAGAACAGCUGCCCGUUUGACAGCGUGCCUGAGAUCAUCCAUUUCUACUCCAGCCGCAAGCUGCCCAUCAAGGGUGCUGAACACAUGUCCCUGCUGUACCCUGUAGCCAUCAGGACACUAUAGUGCUCUGGGUCACCUGCAGGUGUCGGCCCCUGCAGCACCCACUGGGCCAACCUGUGGCUCCACUCUUCCUGUCCCUCUGGACAGAGCCCAGAAGGCUCUUGGGAAGAUGAACAGAGGCAUCCCAAAAACUGCUGAUCCUGACUCACCUCACUGGCCAACGGAUUCCAGACCUGUUUCUGAAGGCCUACUGCAGACCAUCUUACACACACAGACUCAAUGUUGCAGAAGUCUUUGUAAUUUUAUUUUAUUUUAUUUUAUUUAUGACAGACACCCACUUCAUUACAUCACAGACUGACUAUCUGAUGAACAUCAUUUCAUGGAUUCUUGAGCUGAUUUCCCUAAGCACUUAACACUCAAAGAGAAAAAGAAAGGUACAACAUUGUUGUCACUGGGGUGUACCUUCUAUCAUAAAUCCUUUUUCCUAAGAGUGCAUAUCAAGAAAAUUGUGUAUGAACAAGUUUGUUUAACUCUGUUCAUUUGGCUAGGCUCUGCUGAUACUGUAAUUGUUUGUAAGGGGACUUGAAGAUUGUAAGAGCCGUGUAAGGGAAGAGACAUUUAUGAGGCAUUGGGAGGGAUAUUGUCCACAUGGGCCCCAUACAGUGGUCAGGAUAUUGAAUAAACUGGCCUUGUAUCAAUGGCGAGUCCCCAGCUGCAUGGAAAUAACAGGCCUGUGAGCAGCGCAGACUGAUCUCUCUAUCUUGUCAUAGUGCAUGCUGUCUGCUAUCCAUCACUGAGUGGGUGUAUCACACCAAUGACAGUGUAAGUACCAUAGUGGUGAGACAGGCAGGGGAUCAUGAUGGAUGGGUCAACCCGUCUGACACAGUACAAUUGGCUGAGGCUAGAGACCCGAGCCUGUCCAAAUGGACCAAAUUAGCCCCGCUACCCCUCCUUAGAAUGGCUUUGCAUCGGGAGAAUGAAAUAUGCCUGCAUUGUCUACCUCAGAAAAUCAAUUUCAUUCGCCCAUCUGCAGAUCAAUAGGUACAAUGGGAUUGCAGACAUCGAUCUGCCCUCCCUUCGACAUUCCCAAUUCCCUUAAAAAUUGCAUCAUCGGUUUAAGGAAUAUGCUUUUUGAAUACACUUAAUCCAAGAAUUUUUUUUUUUAUGAAAAGGCAAGCAGAUUUUACAGAUCAGCAAUUGUAUGUAUAGUCAGUAAUAUGAUACAGUGUGAUGUCAGUAACAAAUGUUUGGUUAAUGCCUUAUAAUGCAUGGGUCAAAUCAGUCCGCUAGAUCAGCUGAUUUCCAGUUCUGCUUUUAACGAUUGUUCUGUGACUGUAAUUUAUUCUGGGGUAAUUAUUACUGAUGUGUUACUCCUUUGUGAUGGCCCGGCGGCCCCCUUCGCCCUCAUCGUUUUGUGCCGACGUGAUCGUGUUUUUGGGGAAUACUCCAGCCUCUUUUACUGUGGUGCUUUGCUUUUUUUUCUUGUUUCAAGUUCUGCUAAAUGCACGUUUGCCUCGGUGGCCUGACUCUGGGACACGGCGUCUCCUGACCAACGGGAUUGUCAAGCCUUGCGUGAGAGACGAUCGCGUACUGUCUCCAGCGGACCAAUCACGGCGCAGCCUGAACCCGGAUAAACACCUACCUUCAACCUGUCAUGCUACAACUUUGCAUUAAAAUCAUCUGCCCUUUA